AUGGGACAAGCCAGACAUGAUGUUUUAUUGCAAUUGUUCCUCUUGUUGCGGCUCCACCUCUGUCGGGCUGACUGUGUUUAUAAGGAAUGUUCUUGCUCGCCAUAUCUGAUCGUGUGUUCCUACAAAAAUCUGCAAGUGAUCCCUCCUCUGAAUCCUGCAGUUACUUAUCCGGAAUGGGAUCUAACCUUAAACAGUAAUAAUAUUUCAAGCAUUCCAAGUGGCAGCUUGCCAGCAAACCUCACAGACAUCGAUCUCCAAGACAAUCCUAUAACAACAAUGGACGACGAUGUCUUCGAUGGUUCAGUCUAUAUGCUGGCUUCACUCUAUAUGUCCUACGUUCGCUUCCCUAAAAUCCCGAACGCCAUUGGACACCUUCGUGCUUUGACUGAGUUGUCCAUCACGGGUGGCAACAUCACAAACUGGAACGACGGAGUCUGGAUCAACUUGGGUCAAACACUGGAAACGCUUAUUCUUGAGAAUGUUGGGAUGACCACAUGGCCUACGUGGAUUCAGUAUUUCACAAAACUAACUGACUUAACUGUUACAUUCGCUUCGUUUUCUACCAUACCUGAUAACGGACUAGAUGGUGUUGCAAAUACACUAAAAGAUCUGCGAUUGUACAACAACAGAUUUACUAUGGUUCCUAAAGCGAUUUCUAACUUAACAUCUUUGCAGACACUGUCUAUUUACCAAAACCAUAUUACAAAUCUACACUGGCUUCCUCAUUAUAGUAGGUUGAUCAGUUUAUCUAUCAACAAUAAUUACCUUUCUAAUGCCAGUCAUGUUAGUCAGGCUUUGCGCCCGUUCAAUGAAUCACUGAGCUUCUUAGAUAUCAACUACAACCUUCUUACUGCCAUCCCGGAAUUUUCGUUCUUGGUCAAUGUGAGAAUGCUGGACUUUUCCCACAAUAAAAUAUAUGAUUCAGAUUCUGGUUCUGUUUCUGAGGAUACCCAUUUUUUGGAUGUUUCCUAUAAUUCCCUUUCAUUGUGUCCACGAAUUUUGUCUAAUUUAGUGUUAGUAACAGAUUUCAGCAUAGCACAUAACAAUUUAAAAGCAUUUCAAGAAUCUGAUUUUCACGAUCAGGUGACAUCAAUCAAUGCUGAAUAUAAUUCAAUAACUGAACUAACGAAUACAAGUUUUCCUGAGAAUUUUGGACUGUUGUACUUACAGUUAAACGAUAACCCAUUGACCACAAUUUCGUCUGGUCUUCUACAACGUCUGCCACAUCUCUACAAACUGGAUUUAAGACACACAAAACUCACCCGCUUGCCGCUAGGACUUAGCUACUUAUCUGAGCUAGAUAUUCUGGAAGUCAGAAACUGCACUGCUCUAGUGUGCACUUGUAUGGAGAGUACCUUAAGGCCAUUCAUAAUGAGGCCAGCGCCGUUUCAAGUUCUCGGAAACUGUGGUCAGACCAGUAUCGCUGAGUUCUUCUCAAUGUUGAGCCCAUAUUGUCCUACUACUGGAAAUAUUUAG